AAGUGAGCGGUGUGUAGUUCUGUGAGGGGAGGCCACGCGAUGGCCGAAGAUUUUUUCCCGUCAGCGUCACCGAACCCGAGAGUCUCUUGGUGGAAGCCCUGAUUAUAGACUUGAAAGGAUUCUCAUACGCUCCCGCUCCCUUGGCAGGAUGCCUCUCCUUAGAAAAUCCCCGACAGACGGUUACAACCUUACUCAAAUCUCUUUUGCGAAGGAGAAUUUCUUCCCUAGCCGAAUGGCUCUUUCUCCUGGGAAGUUCAGCCGGAAAUAAAUUUCCAUCCUUUGUUUUUUGUUCCAUCCCCUGGAGCAGCAAACGUAAUUAUGGAUCCAAACUUGUUACGAGAACGAGAACUUUUCAAGAAACGAGCACUCUGUACUCCUGCUGUAGAGAAACGUCCAGCCCCUUCUUCUGAUUCCUCAUCUUCUAAAAAGAAGAAAGCUAAAGUAGAACAGGGUGGUUCAUCAAGCUCAAAACCAAAUGCAGACCACAGCAAUGGAUCUUUUAAUCUGAAAGCUCUUUCUGGAGGCUCUGGCUACAAGUUUGGAGUUCUUGCAAAGAUAGUAAACUAUAUGAAGACACGACAUCAACGUGGAGACACCCACCCAUUAACUCUAGAAGAAAUAUUAGAUGAAACACAGCAUCUAGAUAUUGGACUGAAGCAGAAACAGUGGUUAAUGAGUGAGGCCCUUGUCAACAAUCCUAAAAUAGAAGUUAUAGAUGGGAAAUACGCUUUCAAGCCUAAGUAUAACUUAAAAGAUAAAAAGGCCCUGCUGAGGCUUUUGGAUAAGCAUGAUCAGCGAGGAUUAGGAGGAAUACUUUUGGAAGAUAUUGAGGAAGGGCUACCUAAUGCACAAAAAGCAAUUAAGGCUUUAGGAGACCAAAUCAUCUUUGUUACCCGUCCUGAUAAGAAGAAAAUUCUUUUCUACAAUGAUAAGAGCUGUCAAUUUACAGUGGAUGAAGAAUUUCAAAAACUUUGGAGGAGUGUUCCUGUGGAUUCCAUGGAUGAAGAGAAGAUAGAAGAAUAUCUGAAACGCCAGGGUAUUUCUUCCAUGCAAGACGUAGGCCCAAAGAAAAUAGUUCCUAUCCAGAAGAGGAAGAAGCCAGCUUCUCAGAAGAAACGAAGGUUCAAAACUCACAAUGACCAUUUGGCCGGUGUUUUGAAGGAUUAUUCUGAUGUAGUUCCUGGCAAAUGAAUUGGUCUUCUGAACUGAACUGUUACGAGUUUUGAUGUGGAUGCUUAGGACAGAUGUCCUUUGUAUAAUCUGAUGUGGUUCUUUCCUCUUCCACUUCAGCAGCAGAUGAAAAGUUACAACUUUUGAGAUCAAGAAUAAACUGUUCAUCAUAACACUUAUUUUACUGGUUAAUAUAAACUUGGAUCAGAGCCAUUCAUUAUCAGUAGACUUUUGAUAUUGGGGUGAAAUAUAUUUAGCAUGUAAUGCUGAGGUUCAUGUUCAUCAGUUAAAUUUUUUUUUAAAUUCUUUGGAGUUCUGUGGGAACUUUAUUCAGCUGGGGUUAACCUAGAUAAAACUGAGUUCUUUAUUGAUGUCAAGAAAACAUGUUUAUAAUAAAAUCAUUCAAGAAAGAUGAAGCUUUUUUCAUAGAUAUGUUUUCCUUGCUUAUUGACUGAAUAGCAGUAAAAGGCAAUACUCCAUUUAGAUAUAAAUAGACAGACAGACAAUAUUUUAGGUUGUAGUUUAAGAUGAGACCUUUAUUUAGAAAUGUAAACUCUUUCUUUUGUACUUAAUUUUUUUUUCACCAAGUGAUGUUUCUUGUAUUAUCCUGAAGAUUCCAUUUGAAUUUUCAAGAGUAUUUCAGUUGGUUGUUUCUGCAGGUACCAAUACCAUCAAGGGGUCAUGCAGUAUCUGCAAGAUUGUGUAAUUUGUGUUAACAUUCCAUUUGUGUCAGGAAUCUUUGAGCUGAAAUAUACCCCCAAAUAAAUGAUGAAACUCUUACAGGAAAACAUAAAGGAUUUGGAAUGGUCUUCACAGUCCCUGGAUAUUGAAAAUAUGUGGGGAACUCUCAAAGUGCAGUGCACGCAAGGAACCCAAUAUUUCUGAGUUGGAAGAGUUCUGCAAUGAAGAAUGGGGGGAAAUUCCAAAGGCAAGGCUAGAAAGACCCUUAGCUGGCUGUAGAAAAUGUCUGCCAAAGGAGGUAUUGCAAAGUACUGACUGAAAGAAUGUCCAAAUUUCUGCCCGUUAUGUUCACUGUUUUCUUACUUUGAAUCUGAAAACAACUGCACAUAGCUGUCCAUUCAAAUUUGUAGAGCACUGUUGUGUUUAGCUUUGUAUCGUGUAGAAAUUUUGCCAUCUUCCAUUCACUUAUGGAUUCAUUGAAAUCUACAAUUUGACCAAGGGUGCCUAAAUUUUGCACACACCUGUAUUUGUAUUGUUUGUGAUUUAUUUUAGAAUUAAAAAAAAAGAGAGACAAGCCUGCCUCUGCAUAUGUAGUGAUAGUGUGACCUUCCCCCAUAUGACUGCUGGCAGUGAUAAAGGAAAGAAAAGGGGAUGAGUUGGGGGAAGUGAAGGUAAGAAUAUAUUUCUUCCCAAUUAUUGGAAUAUAUAAUGGGGAAUGGGAUUUAGUAUGAAUAAAUUAUGUAUGGCACCCUGUUCUAGAGAAAAUAAAGAUAAUGAAACAAAACACUGGUGUUCUAGAAAUGGUAGUUGAUAAUGAUGCUGCUGUUAUUAAUCAGGUAGUAAGUGAGGACUGGCCAUGAGCUUCUCAAAUGUAAAGAGGAAAUUUGUAUUAAGCAUGCAUUCUCUUUUGGCUUUAAAGAUUAAACUGGGCAAGGAAACAACGACAAUGCUGCUUGAGCAUAGAUUGUCUACAGAUAGCCUCACUUAAAGGCUUGGCUUCACAAAUUGAGAGCAUAAUGUUUUAAUCUGGUUAGUUUGGUGAUAAAAAUACAGAUCUGUUGGAUGUUGCUGAGCAAAUUAGUAAGAGUAAUUUAAUUUCCUCUGCUAAUUAUAGUUUUAUGAAGUAAAAGAUGAAAAGAAAGAACUAGCAGGAUUUUGCAUGCUUGCCGGAGAGCACUGUCAUAAAACAGUUUGUAAUGCAUUUGAUCUAUAAUUCAUCACAAUCCUUCCAAGCUUUUAGAGAACAGAAAGAGAAAAGCAUGUGAAUUUGUAGAAACUGUGUAAGGAAUGCCCAUUUGGCUCUUCCUGUCACUUUCUGCAGGACUAGGCACUUGGUGGUAAGACACAAGGGAGAGACAUGCUUUCAGUACUGAUGAUGGAAAAAGAUUUGAAGGUAGCGAUAAUCACAGAGUGAUAGUAGCGACAUUGUUAUUUCCAGUUUGAGACUCAUGUUCAGGUAGUUGCAAAUGUGUUGGCUUGAAACUUUUACUGUCCUACUGCUCAGAGACCAAAAGAAGCAUAUCCUUGACUUGGUUAAAAUAGAUAUAUUUCACCACCAAGUACUUUAGAAUUCCUCUUCCUAUUACAGAGCCAGGUGGAAGAGGCUUAUAGCUUGUUUUCGGAAUUCAGAAAUAGGAAACUUCUAUUGUUAACAAUUACUAUAAUGCUUCAGUUAUUUUCCUUUAAAUAUGGUUGAUAUGUAUAAAAGAAAGGUUUAUUCCAGCAGCAGCUGAUCCCCAGCUUCUUCACCUGGCCAAGCUUCUAUAAAUUGUACUGAACUGAAAAUGGUCUGAGAGCCUUGCAAAUUAACCUACAAAUGUUCCUAGCUUUUGCAAAGAAGAAAGCAAAGAAGCAAAUAAUCUGUAUGGGGAAUUGGAAUAAGAACUCAGGAUGAAUCAGUUAUAUUUAUGCUUUCUGAUAUACUGUACAUAUAUACAUAUAUUUCUUUCUAUGCAUAGGUGCCCUUUUUGUAUCUUAUAGCAUCCUUAAGCAUAGGAUUUCAUUUCUUUGCCAAUCUGUGCCUGGUAAUGACUAAUUGGUAAUAGAGUCCAUGCCUUGAAAGGCAGGAUUCAAGGAUCUCUGCUGCCAUGCCUCCUUAUCUCUUCCCUAAUAAAUGCAGGGUUGGUUUGUUAGAACAACAGAGCCUUGGCUCAGUUCAAUAUCAAAACUACUAUGGGUUCUUUCUAAGAAUGCAUCUGUAAUGAUUUCACACCAUGAAGGAUACCCAUACGUGGUUAUUUGAUUCAUUAUCAGUUGUAAAGCAAUUCCUGUAUUUUGGAUCUUCUGUUAGUGUAUAUGCAUGAUCAAGCUGUCUUUGAUUAAAAUUUUCUAUAAGAUCUAUGUAACCUUGUGGCUCUUGCUCUUGACUUGUCUGAGUGCAAGAGAUCAGUGACUCCCAAAAGUUGCUAGCUUUGAAACUAAUAAACAAUAGUUUGGAUCCUCUCCAAUUAUUGAUUUUGGGCCACGUUUUCUGCCACAUUUUCUGGUAUGGUCAUCAGGAUGGGAUAAUUCAGCAUAGGGAGGGUGCUAUAAGAGAGAGGCCCCUUUUCCAUUGAGGAUGGGACUCUGGAAUGGCUCCCCAGCCCAGGACACUCCUAUCUGAACGUCUCUGAACUUCCUAACUUGAGAUGGUUGGGGUUUGUUUUUUGUUUUGUUUGGGUUUUCUUGUUUUCUGUUGAUUUACUCUGUAGGAGUCAGUUGCAGGAUUUGGGAGGAAAAGGUUGAGGACAAGCUCUGAGAGAGUGAACAGUGUGAUUUGUGGACUCUAUAGCUGUCAUGAGUCUGAGAAUUGGGUAGUGUUUAGGAGGUACCUGUGCCGACAUUGGUGGCUGUUACUGAGAUAUGUACACCUUUUUUCCAAUUUACUAUUGGAGAGGGAAGUAUAAAUGAAAAUAAGAACACUGGGUGGGGAUUAGGUAGGAAUAUUAACAUUGAUUUUCACAGGUUCUGGUUGGCUCAAAUGAGUACAAGUAAAU